CGGCACCCAGGCGCCCCCCCACCUGCCCAGCCCAGCCCCGGGGAGCCGGCCGGCCCGGGGUUCGCUCCCGGGGGAGGGGACUUUCGGGGGUACCGGGCGGGGGAGUCGCGAGCCAGAGGGGAGGGGGCGGCGGGUUUUCAUGUGCCCAGCAUGAGCUCCUACUUCGUCAACCCCCUGUUCUCCAAAUACAAAGGCGGCGAGUCCCUGGAACCGGCCUAUUAUGACUGCCGGUUCCCCCAGAGCGUGGGCCGGAGCCAUGCGCUGGUGUACGGGCCCGGCGGCUCGGCGCCCGGCUUCCAGCACGCCUCGCACCACGUCCAAGACUUCUUCCACCACGGCACCUCGGGCAUCUCCAACUCGGGCUACCAGCAGAACCCGUGCUCGCUGAGCUGCCACGGAGACGCCUCCAAAUUCUAUGGCUACGAGGCGCUCCCCAGACAGUCCCUUUAUGGGGCUCAGCAAGAGGCGAGCGUGGUGCAAUAUCCCGACUGUAAAUCCUCCGCCAACACUAACAGUAGCGAAGGACAAGGCCACUUAAAUCAAAACUCGUCUCCCAGCCUCAUGUUUCCAUGGAUGAGACCCCACGCUCCGGGGCGGCGCAGCGGAAGGCAAACUUACAGCCGGUAUCAGACCUUGGAACUAGAAAAGGAGUUUCUCUUUAAUCCUUAUUUGACACGAAAGCGCCGGAUUGAAGUCUCUCACGCCCUGGGACUGACUGAGAGACAAGUGAAGAUCUGGUUCCAGAACCGAAGGAUGAAGUGGAAAAAGGAGAACAACAAGGAUAAACUGCCCGGAGCCCGAGAUGAAGAGAAGGUGGAGGAAGAAGGAAACGAGGAAGAGGAGAAAGAAGAGGAGGAAAAGGAAGAAAACAAGGACUAAGCAAAAAAGAAAGCCCCCCCCUCCCUUAGCAACUCCCUUGAAGUUUCGUUUUAUGGUAGCGGAUAAAUUGAGAAGUUUACGACUGUCAUUUGCUUUUAUAGAGAA